AUGGCCGAAGGACGUCGUGAGAAGGUCAUUGCCCGGUCUGUGACGCACUCCAUCUUGCAUAGCGACGAGAAGCGCAAGUCCAUCGUCAAGAGGCUGCCUGCCGUCUUCUACCUGUACUGGCUCAACUUUGACUGCGUGCGCCACGAUCUAUUCAAGGAGCUCCGAGGCUUGUGGCAUGUCAGCGAGGACGACUACAAGAAGAGCUUCGGCGCAGAUGACAACGAGACGGCUGCCUUGAAACCCAUGGGUGACAUGGGAUACUCAGGAUCUACCUUCUUCAGCACCAGUGACUCCAGAAACCUAGUCAAAAGCAUACCACGCCACUUCGAAUACUCUUUCUUCAAGGACGAUCUCCUAUUACCCUAUGCUGAGUACAUGCAGGCCAAUCCUGCCUCGCUGCUCAUUCGCAUCACCGACUUCCUUCAAUGUAUGCAGUGGAGCGUAGGAGCUAUUCUCGGUUUGGCUCCGAGUCACCACAUUGUCAUGGAGAACAUUCUCUAUGGCCAAGACCAGGACACUUCGAGAUGGGAGAAUUACGAUCUGAAGCCCAUGUCCUACUUCUAUCCAGAGCGGGAUGUCGCCGGGGGCGUCCUAACGAGCGAAGCUACAAAAUCGAAGCUCGCGGACGACUUCAACGACAAGAUCACCUUAUCACUCGAUGAUGCGGAGGGCUUCAAGUUACAGCUGGAGAAAGACACCGCUCUGCUGGCCAAGUGUAACGCGGUGGAUUACUCACUCUUUCUCGUGCGCAUACCAUAUUCCAAGUCAGCAGACCCUAGCUCCAGCGCCGGGGUAGGCACUAUACAGCCAGAGGGUCCGCCAUUCACACCACCAGAGCCACCUAGCUGGCGUACUGGAGUCAGAUCCGCCGAUGGAAAGUACAUCUAUCGUGCUGCUAUCCUCGACUUCUUCUGGUCGAAACACAAAGUCCACGCCAAAGCCAUGGAAGGUCUCAUAAACGCGUACAACAUGGUGGACAAAAAGGGGCACAUGAGCGUGACCACAGACGCGCCAGAGUAUAGAGAUCGAUUCACCAAGAUGUGCACAGACAUGAUCGAGGUAUCACAGGCCGAGAACCCUUUUGCAGAUACAGUCUGA